UACUGACGUAAAAUAAUUCUAACCUAAAAUUCUCAAUACAUUUUUAACAGUUAAAUAAUUCAUUUAAAUAAUAUCUGGGUAUCUAAAAAAUAUGGGAAGGGUGUGUGCUGUAAAAGAUUGUAACAGUGGCAGAGCAGCUGAUAAUAAGAAAAGACAUUCCCUGAAUUUGAAAAAGCCAAAAUUUUUUAAAGUACCGAAAAGUCCAACAAAACGUCAGCAAUGGAUAGAGACUUUAUCUACAGAAUUAACAGAGCAAAAUCAUGUUUGUGAACUGCAUUUUCAAAGUAAUGAAAUCCAGCAUUCUUAUAUUACAGUGUUACGAAAUGGAGAUGUUAAUAUAAUUAGGAAAGGUAGAGUAACACUCACUCCAAGAGCAGUUCCACUGAUUGUUAAUAAGGAUAAACUUUUGACAGACUUGCCUGAGCCUGAAUUGGAACUAGAAGUGGUUUGUAGCAACACAGAAUUGCAAAAUUUACCUAAAUUAUAUGACCAGAAUAAAGUAUUAUACAAGGAAAUCAAAACAGAACCCACUGAUUCAAAUGAAGUGAAUGCUACAAAAAACUGUAGAGAACCAGUUGCACCUAGUCAGAAUCAAAAUCAAAAUCUUGCACCUAACACUUAUUUACCUUUUGCACCUAACACUUAUUUACCUAUUGGUGAAACUUUUAUCAAACAGGAGAUAAUUGAUGAAGAGGAGCAAACUUUUAACAAUCUCGAAAGUGACCAUGACUACAGUGUAGCAGAAAGUUCAGAACCAAUUCAAAAGGACUUUGCCGAACAAUGCCUUGAAUAUGCAUUAGAAUAUUUAAAACAACAAGGAGAUAUUAACUUUUCAGAUGACAUAACAAAUAUUUCAAAUUUGCUUGAAAAGUUGAAGAAAUAAAAUUAUUUUUGGGAAGUGUUGAAUUUGUAUUAUGUUGAAAACAAUGGCAGAUUCAACUCCAAAGCAAAGAUUUACUGCCAGACUAAAAUAUAGAUGCAAAUACCCUGGGUGUAAUUCUGCGUUCUAUUGCAAUCAUUCAGAUCCAACGUUUAAAAAUAAACAUUUUUUUAAAUUUCCUCAAGAUCCUCAUAUUUGCAGUAUGUGGCAAAAAUUAUGCAAAAUUGAUUAUGUAGACAAGUAUGUCCACUUAUGUGAAAAUCAUUUUUCAAAUGAAGAUAUUUUACAUGGAAAAAGAUGUACAAGUUUAAAAAUAGGCGCAUUGCCUUUGCCUUCUUGUUCUGAAAAAGAAUUGACUGCAAUCCCUGGAUCAACAAUUAAUAAUGAAUCACGUAAUUUAAUUAAAAUGGAAAAAGAUCCGCAAAAUAUAAAUCAAAUUAUGGAUUCAGUUAAACAAGACCAUAACUAUGAAAACCCUUUAAAUGACUACACAUCAUCAAACGAAUUUUCUAUUCCUAUAAAAAUAGAAAAAGAAGAAAGUGAGGAAGAAAUUGUUGAUAAAGACUAUGAUAACUAUGAAAACCCUUUAAAUGACUACACAUCAUCAAACGAAUUUUCUAUUCCUAUAAAAAUAGAAAAAGAAGAAAUUGUUGAUAAAGACUUUGCUGAAGCUUGUCUUGGUUAUUUGCUAAGAUAUUGUAAACAACAGAAAAAUAAUGUGUUUAUGGAAGAUAUUACCAAUCUUAAGACAUUAAAAACCAAAAUUGUUAAAUCUAAUACUCAAUCGUCUUAAUGACAUAAUUGUUAGAAAACAAUUUUAAAAUUUAAAACUAAAUAAGUCUGAAUAUUUUUAAUAUGUAAAUAGUUUAAAAUUAAGUUUAAUAAAUUGUUUUUGUUUAAAUGUAUUUUUUUAUUAUACCUAUCAGUAAAAAUUGUUCAAAAGGA